AUGCAUUCUCUUUCCCUUCUCCUUGCCUUUCUUGGACUCGUAUGUGCGAUCUCGGCGGAACUUCCCGAUCCCUCGCCCGAACCCAUCGACAUCGCUCCGCCACUGGACACCGGCGGCCAUGCUGGGUUCCCCGUCGAAGAUGCUCAAGGGCUUCGUUGGCCCCGGCGUCCGGAUCGAAAGGUCUUGAUUCACUGGUGCUUCAAAGACGCAGUCGCCGAGAACAGAAUCGGUAAAACAAUCGAGAAUGCUUGGGCGACUUGGACACGCGGUAUCGGAUCUGCGGGAGCAGCGAACGGCCACAACCUCCAUUUCGAACGCUGGAAAUCACCCAAAGAGCUUUCCUACCCGUACUGCUACAUGUUGCCGAACGUAUGGGACCCACAGAUACCGGAGGCAGCUGUGCAAGUGUACUGGAUGGAAAAUAGUCUCACGGUUGGCGCUGCGUCCGCUUCGACUGGCUACAUAGCUAAUGGCCCUCCCGGUCGACAUAACCUUAUGAUAUCUGGACAAGCGACAGACCGGGAAAAGGACUUCGCUGCAACACAUGAGAUGGGUCACGUUUUUGGCCUCCGCCACGAGCACGAGCGCUCCGACCGAGAUCAGUUCAAAUGA